GCUGGCGCACGCCUUCAGUUUCGUGCCGGCAAUCGCGAAGGUCGCUUCGCGCCAGUCGCUUCUUCCUCCUCUCGGUUAAAUCGCGCAAACAACACCGCCGACAACAACAAUAACAGCGACCAGUGAUUCGACGUGUAUUCACGGUGUUCGAUCUACCGUGCGAUGACGGUGUCACGAGCAAGAGAAUAAACCGUCUCGCUGCCAGUGCGAAAAAUUAGGUUAAAGCGACGCAUAAUCUCUCUGCACAUUUUCCGCGCGCAAAUAUACAGCGCGCGCGCACGACUACCUACACACAUCAGCUUAUAUACAUACGUACAGCAAGCGAGGAGAGAAGAAGAGGAAUUAUCUCGCGCGCGCGCGCGCGCGUACAGUGACUAUCGUGUUAUAUUCAGCGGAGCGGAGUUAUGGUAAGGUGACAACGUGGUACGGCAGCAAGAGGAAGUCCCUGCACGGUUAGCAGUUGUCACCUCAGCAGCCGGAGCCACAUCAGACAGACACCGGGAAGAUGGCCAAAGGCACAGAGAGACUGCCCGGUACCAAUACCAGAAUACGAACUCGAGAUGACGGCUGUUGCUCUGUCAAUUUUCUCAAAUAUGUCCUUCACAUUUACAACGUGGUGUUGUUCCUUUCCGGUCUGGUGGUAGGCGGAAUCGGUAUCUGGACAGUGGUGGCGAAGCACAGCUACAUAUCGCUAAUGGCAACCUCGAUUUACCCGAUAUUGGCCUACGCUCUUAUCGUCGCCGGCGCUCUAGCAAUUAUUGGAAGUUGGCUUGGCUGUGGAGGCGUUACGUCUGAAAACAGAUGCGUCAUACUCGUCUACAUUUUCGUCGUGAUGGGAGUACUCGUACUGGAAGCCGGAGUCGGAGUUCUGGCUCGUCUGUACGAAGAGCAAGUCGGACCAGAACUUCGAAUAAACCUGAAUCGCACUUUCCUAGAGACGUAUUCUUUGAAGUCCAGAGAAACGGCCGCUAUCGACCAAAUGCAGAAAGAAUUCAAAUGCUGUGGUGCUAUUAGAUUCGAGGACUGGCUGCAGAGCGAGUGGUUCAAAGACGAGGAAGUGCAGAAGAAUGGAAAUCUAGUACCUGAUAGUUGCUGUAAGACACCGAGUUUCCUUUGUGGCAAACGUGAUCAUCCUUCGAAUAUCCAGUACACGGGCUGCAUCUACAAGUUCCUGGAGACGACAAAGGACCAUUUGAUAAUUUUGGGAGCGGUGGGUCUUGGACUUUCGGUACUCGAGGUCUUUGGUAUCAUUCUUGGCUCCUGUCUCUACAUCAAACUCAGGCACGACUUCGACGACUGAGGUUUGCUUUACGUAGAGGCGAACAACAACUACGAAUAUUCCUAGUGUCAUUACUAUCAACAUUCUGUUUGAUAGAAUGUCCGAAAAGAGUACGCGUCGUCGUGCUUCUCGAAUGAGCAUAGUGCGACGAUUGAUCGAUUGAUAUAUUCAUGACAUCGAUCGAGCAAGCGCAAUGCAACAACAUCGAAUGUAACAGUGUUGGCAAGUUAGCGCCGAACGAUACUGAUUUUGCGAUAUUGCGAUGUUCUUACCGUUUAAGCAAUAUUAUACUUUUUAUUAUUGCGGGUAUAAAAAGUAGAGAGAAAAGUAGCUACGUUACCGAUUAUUUAAGAAAAAAUUUAAAGAAUUUUAUUUAUGUAUUUAUUCAGUCAAAUUUAUUUUUAAGGUUUAGCAAAAUCUAUCUCGAAGUAGAAUAUAAGAAGAACGAACAUUAAUUAUUCACGGAUCAUGUUAUAAAAAAAGAAUCUUGUAAAACUUCGAAAAUCGCUUAUAUAUACUAUAUAGUAGUUUUUCCAUUAAAAUGCAAAUUUCCAGCAUAAUGAUAAUAUCUUAUCAAAAUUUAUCAUAAUCACAACUGGUACAAACUGUAUUCAAAGGUAUACUUAAAAAGCAUAAUUGCAUUUUAUAGCAGGAUGAAAAGACGUCUGUCAAAUAUUUUCUAAAGAAUACAUAAAACACAAUGUAUAUACAGAUAAACUGCAUAAAUGGCUUUCUAUCUUGCAUUUUGUAAAUUGUCUCUUGUAUCAAAGCCCGUGCGGGAAUCUUUGUUUUGCAAAAUAUACUAAUACUGCCAAGUUUAUGCUUCUCUACUAGUGCUAUAGCUAAUUUUUCAAUCUCGCUACAACACGAAGUGCGAACGUAUAACGAUAGCACAAUAAAAUACUUUGAAGAAAUAGUCUGACUUUACAAAGUGAACGUGUCAAAAAAUAAAUUUCUCAAAGUAGCUGUGUGUACGGCAUUUUCAAUGCACAAAGACAUUCACAGUACAUUUAUACUUUUGUAUAGAGAUAACAUCACGGUUGCAUAUAAUCAUAAGGAAUUAGAAAUUUCAUAAAUUUGAUAUUUCAUAAAUAUGAAGUUUUUGAGAGAAGGAUAACGACGAAAAAGUUAUUAAUGCUGAAUGUACAAUAUUUGUGGAGACUUUUUGUUACCCAAAAAAAUAGGAAGUAUAUGAAACUAGAUGUAAACUCUGUAUACAUUACAGUUGUUCUAGCAGUACAUGCAUUCAAUGAAAAGUUCAAAGUUAUUACGAGAAACGCACACUAGUCAAUGUAAGGGUAAAUUUACAAAAAUAAAGAAUAUCUAUCGAUUUUGUGUACCUGGAGUAUAUUUAAAAACGAAUUAAGAAAACUUGAGUGUUCUACGAGAGUGAUACAUUGUUUACUUAUUAAAUUUUUUUUACCAAUUUAUGACUAUGAAUUUUUUUAAUUCCAAAUCAUCUAUUAAUACGAAUCUUUGUUCAAAUGUCGAUAAUUAUGCCAACAAAUUUUCUUAUACUUUUACCUGACUAAUUUUUAAUACCAAAUGAGCAAGCGAAAAAGUAUCUCUUUACAAAAUAAAACAAUUAUAAAUGUAGAGUAACAAAGUUAAAAGCUUUGGUGAACUGUAUACUGUGCCUUCAUAAUUAUUAAAAAUCUACUAACUUUAGUAAAAACGUAUAUAUAUAUAUAUAAUGAAUAAUUCGACGUAAAAAAGUAUUAGAAUUAAAAUUCUUAUUGUCAGUAUUGAAAUAAUAGUAAACAAAUAUAUUGAAAUAUAUUAAUGGUAUGAUCAUCAAGACUAUGCAUGUCUUAUUCUGUAAUUAGACAAUAGUUUUGGUAUAUUAAAAAUAUAAACGUGUAAAUUAGCGAAAUUAUUAUGCAAAAAGAGAAUCAAAUUAUUUGAUUGUAAGAAAUAAAGAUACAUUUUUAUUAUA